AUGGCCAAGGGACUCUUGGUGACCUAUGCCCUCUGGGCUGUAGGGGGCCCAGCUGGGCUCCAUCACCUGUACCUGGGGCGAGACAGCCAUGUUCUACUCUGGAUGUUCACUCUGGGACGUGGAGGGCUGGGCUGGCUCUGGGAGUUCUGGAAGCUCUGAAGCUUUGUAGCUUAGACCAACAGAGCGCAGGGGCAGAGACAGAGCCCAGGAGGGGGGACAGCCCCUCUGAGUCCCAUUCACUUUGGCCAGAUGAUAUUGGGUAUCAGUUUUGGCCUUGUUGCUCUGAUUAGCCUUUCUUCCAUGGCCAGCUUCUAUAUUGUGGGCCUCCUACUGGCAGUUGGCCUAGGGGUCUUGCUGGUGGCUGCUGUUGGCAACCAGACUUCAGACGUUAAGAACACAUUAGUGACAGCAUUUCUUACUUCCCCUAUCUUUUAUGGCCACCCCAUAGCCAUCCUGCCCAUCAGCUUGGCUGCUAGCAUUACAGCCCAGAAGCAUCGCUGCUACAAAGCUUCAGUAGGGUCAGAGACACUCAGUGUGCGUCUCUACUGGCUGGGCUUGGCUUAUCUGGCUUUCAGAGGCCCACUAGCCUACAGUGCCUUCUGCAACACAGCUGCCACUCUCAGCUAUGUGGCAGAGACCUUUGGCUCCCUCUUGGGCUGGUUCAGCUUCUUCCUUCUUGGUCACAUCAUGGAGUCUGUCCUCCUUCUGCCUUAACAAGUCUGGAGGCUGCUGGUAGGGGAUCCUGUCUUUAGCACCGGCUACUUCUAGGACUGGGAGAAGCUCUAUGAUUUUGUUUACAGUUUUCAGGAUGAGAAGUGGCAGCUGGUUUACCAGGUUUUGGGCCUCCCUGAGGGGGCAACAAAUGAAGAAAUACAUCAGAGUUACUGGGAGCUAGUGAAGAUCUGGCAUCCUGAUCACAACUGCCAUCAGACAGAGGAGGUGCAGAGGUACUUCCUGGAGAUUCAGGCUGUGUAUGAAGCCCUCCGUCAGCCCAGGAAGCCCAGGGGAUCGUGGAGGUAA